AUGCCACCCAGCAUCCGCGUGGUCGGAUCCCUCAAUGCGGACAUGGUCUCGGUGACGCCGCGCUGCCCCGAAGCAGGCGAAACCAUCACAUCGUCGGCGUACUUCACCAGCGCGGGCGGGAAAGGCGCAAACCAAGCCGUAGCCUGUGGGCGGAUGUCGCGCGCAGCCAGCCGGGGGCAGCAGCAGCAGCAGCAGCCGCCGGCAAGCGCAACAACGGUGCGAGUUGAAAUGGCCGGGGCGGUGGGCGGUCUGGACGGCCACUUCGAAGCGCUGUUGAAGCCGACGCUGGAGCAGUCGGGGGUGGAUACGUCGCGGGUGCAGAUCAUCGACACGGCAUAUACGGGAGUUGCGGUGAUUAUUGUGGACGAGUCGGCCGGGGGCGAGAACCGCAUCCUGUUCUCGCCUGGCGCCAAUUACCAGGGCAUGCGGGCGACGCCGGCCGUUCUGGGCAUGGCGCUGGCCGCGCCCGUGCCGGAUGUGAUCAUCCUGCAGGCUGAGAUCCCCGUGGCGACGGUGAUUGGCACGCUGCGUGAGAUUGCGGCGUACCGGCGGCGGCGGCGGCGGGUGGAGGGGAAGAGGGGGAUUGAGGUCGGGCCUGACGUGAUGUUUAACCCGGCGCCUGCGCCGCCGGGCGGGUUACCGGAGGAUGUGUAUGAGGGGGUGGACCAUUUGAUUAUGAAUGAGACCGAGGCGGAGUUGAUGGCUCCGCCGGGGCGUCCCGCGAGUGGGAGGGACCAGGUCGCCCGGUAUUUCCACCAGCUGGGGGUCCGGUAUGUGGUUGUGACGCUGGGGUCGAAGGGGGUGUGGUAUAGUGCGACGGAUGCCGGCGAGGGGAGCUACCGGGCUACGAAUGAGAUGCCCGCGGCCCAGGUCAGCAAGGUGCUGGAUACCACGGCGGCCGGGGAUACGUUUGUGGGAGCGUAUGCGGUGUCGGUGGCACGGUGGCGUGAGCAGCGUCGGGGGGAGGGCAAGGCAGGAUUGGAUCUGAGCGAGGAGGAGAAGGUUCUACGGUAUACGAAGGUUCUGGACGAGGCCAUGGAAGUGUCCACUCGAGCAUCCGCACGUUGCGUGGAGCGGCAGGGAGCGAUGGAUAGUAUUCCGUGGGAGGAUGAAAUAUGUCCCACACUCAGAGACCCGGUUCCAUGA